CAUGUUUCAAUCCAUAAGUCUUAGACACACAAAUAUGACCGGAGCAAGCCUUGAAGCUCCGGCCACUGAACGGCACUCCAAUAGUAACACAAAAUCAUCCGGCAAAUAUGAAAGUGCUGCUGAUAUGAUCUUCGAGUUUCUUGAAGAGAGUGAACUGUCAUCAGGAAGUUCAUGCAAUUCAGGUGAUAGCUACAACAAUGGCGAUUUGGAAGAAAAUGAAAAUUCUGGCGAUCCCGAGGAAGAUAGAUUGUUUUGGGAGUCUCAAGAACAGCUUCUCACAGAAAGUCUUUUUAGGACUAGUUCAAUAGAGUCAAAAAUCAGGCAGGCAACUAAAGAGAUUGUAAAGGAGAUUAAAUCUACUGAAGUGGAUGGCUGUGAUUGUGGCAGGACGGUGGCUGAUGGUUGCCGGAGGUGUUUCCAGAGGGAGAUCUCUUACCGACUGCAAAAGGCAGGCUACAACUGUGGCAUAUGCAAGGCCAAGUGGAUGAAUAAAAAACAAAUCCCAGCAGGCGAACACACGUAUAUAGAAGUAUUGGACACUUCAAAUUCUAAAAAAGGAGUUAUGAGAGUGAUUAUUGAGUUAAAUUUCCAAGCCGAAUUCGAGAUGGUAAAGUCAAGUCAAGAAUACAACCAUCUCAUAAGCCGACUACCUGAAAUAUAUGUUGGAAAGACCGAAAGACUAGAAUCGUUAAUCAAGAUACUUUGCAUAGCAUCUAAAAAGUGCAUGAAAGAUCAGAAAAUGCAUAUCGCUCCAUGGAGGAAGCUCAAAUACAUGCAAGCAAAGUGGCAUGGGAUACGUGAAACUGAUCCAUUGUCAUCACCGGAUGUAUUGCCAGUAGUUGAGCGAUCUAACCGUUUAUCUAGACCCAUGGUUUCAUUGCUUACCUAUGAUUUGAUUGAGAACAUGAACUUGUCAUCUAGUUUACAUUCUAUUGCGAUUAAAGUUUUAUAAGGAAGUAGGAAAACUUUGUUGAGGAUAACAUAAAUAUUUUAAAAAAUAUGUAUGUAUCAAGGUUUUGGUAGCUGGGUAAUAUGAUUUGGUUUGGUUUAUGUGUUGCCAUAGAGG